CAGAAAAUGUUGCCACUAGUUUUAGGUUUUUCUGUUAAUUUGAAUUCUGAAAAAUAUGCAAUGUACUGAAUUUGACUUUGAUGACCAAUUUAGAGCUGAAGCUGUCAUUUAUAAUAUUUAUUUCAAUGCAAAAGUGUGUCCCAGAUCAGCAGCCUUAGAGUUUGUGUGUGUCGUCUCUGAUUUUGUUACUUGUAUGUAGGGCUGGGCAAUAUGGCCAAAAAAUAAAAUCUCGAUGUUUUCUUCUUCUUCUUUCUUUUUUUUUUUUUUAGGCAUCUUGGAUGAUUACGAUUUUAAUCGAUUUUUGUUGUUUCUUUGCGGUCUGUUUGCUAUGGCUAGUGCUAGCCAUACCGCACUCCCGUAGCUGCGAGCACUCUUCCCAUUCUUUAGGAUGCCUCUGCUGGAGGUGCUGAAAGAGUAAUGAAGGCGUUGUACCGAACCGUCGUAGUGAAGAGGGAGCCGAGGUCUUGAGGAAGUGCAGCGUCGAGUUUGAAGCAAAUCAGAUGAAGGAGGUUCUCAUUAUACAUGUAAAUAUCAGCAUUUUACGUUUGCUGUUUGUUGGCUCCACAGAGUCACUGAGUCUGAAUAAAUCUGCAUGUGUGUGUUUGUGUUCCUGUGUGUGUUUGUGUUCCUGUGUGUGUUUGUGUUCAUGUGUGUGUUUGUGUUCCUGUGUGUGUUUGUGUUCCUGUGUGUGUUUGUGUUCAUGUGUGUGUUUGUGUUCCUGUGUGUGUUUGUGUUCAUGUUUGUGUUUGUGUUCAUGUGUGUGUUUGUGUUCAUGUGUGUGUUUGUGUUCCUGUGUGUGUUUGUGUUCAUGUGUGUGUUUGUGUUCAUGUGUGUGUUUGUGUUCAUGAGUGUGUUUGUGUUCCUGUGUGUGUUUGUGUUCCUGUGUGUGUUUGUGUUCAUGUGUGUGUUUGUGUUCAUGUGUGUGUUUGUGUUCAUGAGUGUGUUUGUGUUCCUGUGUGUGUUUGUGUUCCUGUGUGUGUUUGUGUUCAUGUGUGUGUUUGUGUUCAUGUGUGUGUUUGUGUUCAUGAGUGUGUUUGUGUUCCUGUGUGUGUUUGUGUUCCUGUGUGUGUUUGUGUUCCUGUGUGUGUUUGUGUUCAUGUGUGUGUUUGUGUUCAUGUGUGUGUUUGUGUUCAUGAGUGUGUUUGUGUUCCUGUGUGUGUUUGUGUUCCUGUGUGUGUUUGUGUUCAUGUGUGUGUUUGUGUUCAUGUGUGUGUUUGUGUUCAUGAGUGUGUUUGUGUUCCUGUGUGAGUUUGUGUUCAUGUGUGUGUUUGUGUUCCUGUGUGAGUUUGUGUUCCUGUGUGAGUUUGUGUUCCUGUGUGUGUUUGUGUUCAUGUGUGUGUUUGUGUUCCUGUGUGUGUUUGUGUUCAUGUGUGUGUUUGUGUUAAUGUGUGUGUUUGUGUUCAUGUGUGAGUUUGUGUUCCUGUGUGUGUUUGUGUUCAUGUGUGUGUUUGUGUUCAUGUGUGAGUUUGUGUUCCUGUGUGAGUUUGUGUUCCUGUGUGAGUUUGUGUUCAUGUGUGUGUUUGUGUUCAUGUGUGAGUUUGUGUUCCUGUGUGUGUUUGUGUUCAUGUGUGUGUUUGUGUUCAUGUGUGUGUUUGUGUUCAUGUGUGAGUUUGUGUUCAUGUGUGAGUUUGUGUUCAUGUGUGUGUUUGUGUUCAUGUGUGUGUUUGUGUUCCUGUGUGUGUUUGUGUUCAUGUGUGAGUUUGUGUUCAUGUGUGAGUUUGUGUUCCUGUGUGAGUUUGUGUUCAUGUGUGAGUUUGUGUUCAUGUGUGAGUUUGUGUUCAUGUGUGUGUUUGUGUUCAUGUGUGUGUUUGUGUUCAUGUGUGAGUUUGUGUUCAUGUGUGAGUUUGUGUUCCUGUGUGAGUUUGUGUUCAUGUGUGAGUUUGUGUUCAUGUGUGUGUUUGUGUUCAUGUGUGUGUUUGUGUUCCUGUGUGUGUUUGUGUUCAUGUGUGAGUUUGUGUUCAUGUGUGAGUUUGUGUUCCUGUGUGAGUUUGUGUUCAUGUGUGAGUUUGUGUUCAUGUGUGUGUUUGUGUUCAUGUGUGAGUUUGUGUUCCUGUGUGUGUUUGUGUUCAUGUGUGAGUUUGUGUUCAUGUGUGUGUUUGUGUUCAUGUGUGUGUUUGUGUUCCUGUGUGUGUUUGUGUUCAUGUGUGAGUUUGUGUUCAUGUGUGAGUUUGUGUUCCUGUGUGUGUUUGUGUUCAUGUGUGUGUUUGUGUUCAUGUGUGUGUUUGUGUUCCUGUGUGUGUUUGUGUUCAUGUGUGUGUUUGUGUUCAUGUGUGAGUUUGUGUUCCUGUGUGAGUUUGUGUUCAUGUGUGUGUUUGUGUUAAUGUGUGAGUUUGUGUUCAUGUGUGAGUUUGUGUUCCUGUGUGAGUUUGUGUUCAUGUGUGAGUUUGUGUUCCUGUGUGAGUUUGUGUUCAUGUGUGUGUUUGUGUUCCUGUGUGAGUUUGUGUUCAUGUGUGAGUUUGUGUUCCUGUGUGAGUUUGUGUUCAUGUGUGAGUUUGUGUUCCUGUGUGAGUUUGUGUUCAUGUGUGUGUUUGUGUUCAUGUGUGAGUUUGUGUUCAUGUGUGUGUUUGUGUUCCUGUGUGUGUUUGUGUUCAUGUGUGUGUUUGUGUUCCUGUGUGAGUUUGUGUUCAUGUGUGAGUUUGUGUUCAUGUGUGAGUUUGUGUUCCUGUGUGAGUUUGUGUUCAUGUGUGAGUUUGUGUUCAUGUGUGAGUUUGUGUUCCUGUGUGAGUUUGUGUUCAUGUGUGUGUUUGUGUUCAUGUGUGAGUUUGUGUUCAUGUGUGAGUUUGUGUUCAUGUGUGUGUUUGUGUUCCUGUGUGAGUUUGUGUUCCUGUGUGAGUUUGUGUUCCUGUGUGUGUUUGUGCUCAUGUGUGUGUUUGUGUUCCUGUGUGUGUUUGUGUUCAUGUGUGUGUUUGUGUUAAUGUGUGUGUUUGUGUUCAUGUGUGAGUUUGUGUUCCUGUGUGUGUUUGUGUUCAUGUGUGUGUUUGUGUUCAUGUGUGUGUUUGUGUUCAUGUGUGAGUUUGUGUUCCUGUGUGAGUUUGUGUUCCUGUGUGUGUUUGUGUUCAUGUGUGUGUUUGUGUUCAUGUGUGUGUUUGUGUUCAUGUGUGUGUUUGUGUUCAUGUGUGUGUUUGUGUUCAUGUGUGUGUUUGUGUUCCUGUGUGUGUUUGUGUUCAUGUGUGUGUUUGUGUUAAUGUGUGUGUUUGUGUUCAUGUGUGAGUUUGUGUUCCUGUGUGAGUUUGUGUUCAUGUGUGUGUUUGUGUUAAUGUGUGUGUUUGUGUUCAUGUGUGUGUUUGUGUUCCUGUGUGAGUUUGUGUUCAUGUGUGUGUUUGUGUUCAUGUGUGAGUUUGUGUUCCUGUGUGUGUUUGUGUUCAUGUGUGUGUUUGUGUUCAUGUGUGUGUUUGUGUUCAUGUGUGUGUUUGUGUUCAUGUGUGAGUUUGUGUUCAUGUGUGAGUUUGUGUUCCUGUGUGUGUUUGUGUUCAUGUGUGUGUUUGUGUUAAUGUGUGUGUUUGUGUUCAUGUGUGAGUUUGUGUUCCUGUGUGAGUUUGUGUUCAUGUGUGUGUUUGUGUUAAUGUGUGUGUUUGUGUUCAUGUGUGUGUUUGUGUUCCUGUGUGAGUUUGUGUUCAUGUGUGUGUUUGUGUUCAUGUGUGAGUUUGUGUUCCUGUGUGAGUUUGUGUUCAUGUGUGAGUUUGUGUUCAUGUGUGUGUUUGUGUUCAUGUGUGAGUUUGUGUUCAUGUGUGAGUUUGUGUUCAUGUGUGUGUUUGUGUUCCUGUGUGUGUUUGUGUUCAUGUGUGAGUUUGUGUUCCUGUGUGUGUUUGUGUUCAUGUGUGUGUUUGUGUUAAUGUGUGAGUUUGUGUUCAUGUGUGAGUUUGUGUUCCUGUGUGAGUUUGUGUUCAUGUGUGAGUUUGUGUUCAUGUGUGUGUUUGUGUUCAUGUGUGAGUUUGUGUUCAUGUGUGAGUUUGUGUUCAUGUGUGUGUUUGUGUUCCUGUGUGUGUUUGUGUUCAUGUGUGAGUUUGUGUUCCUGUGUGUGUUUGUGUUAAUGUGUGUGUUUGUGUUAAUGUGUGUGUUUGUGUUCAUGUGUGAGUUUGUGUUCCUGUGUGAGUUUGUGUUCAUGUGUGAGUUUGUGUUCCUGUGUGAGUUUGUGUUCAUGUGUGUGUUUGUGUUCAUGUGUGUGUUUGUGUUCCUGUGUGUGUUUGUGUUCAUGUGUGUGUUUGUGUUCAUGUGUGAGUUUGUGUUCAUGUGUGUGUUUGUGUUCAUGUGUGAGUUUGUGUUCAUGUGUGAGUUUGUGUUCAUGUGUGAGUUUGUGUUCAUGUGUGAGUUUGCACUUAUAUGUGUGCGGUCUAAUGGUCGCGGCGAUGCAUUUGUGUGUGUGUGUGUGUGUGUGUGUGUGUGUGUGUGUGUGUGUGUGUACUUGUUUCUGCUAUACCGGUGGGGACUUUGACCUGACUAUUUGCUAUAAAGGUGGGGACUUGUCUUACGGUGGGGACCUAAAAUGAGGUCCCCACGGGUGGCAACACCGUUUUCUUGGCCAUAUUGUUGUUAAUAAAAAAUGUAAAAGUGCAAAAAUGUUUGUUUAGGGUUAGGCAUUGAUUUGGUGAUGGUUAAGGUUAGGGUUAGGGUAAGGGUUAGGAGUUAGAUAUGAAUGGGAGUCAAUGGUAAGUCCCCACCGGUAUAGAAAAAUAAACAUGUGUGUGUGUGUGUGUGUGUGUGUGACCUCAUCCAUGCCAUAGAUUAAAACCCAAAGCUGCAUUACCAAACCAACAGAUGGACUCAUGUCAGACAGCUGCAGCAUGAAAUCGUCAUUUCAGAUCUUCUGCAAGUCAACCGUCCUCCUUCUGCACUAAAAUCCCUCCAGUCACUUAAUAAAAAAUACGAUGUAGUGCUUCAUCUGCUGCCUUACUGGAGCAACGAGUUAAUUUUAAUGUAGUUUGCAUUUUAAAAGGUCAAACAGUCAGAUUUUUAUCCAUGAUAUGAAGUUAAAUCUGAAAUUCUCACCCAAAAAUAGCCAAACAGAGAUCAGAAUCUCCUAAUUAUGUGAUAAAUCUGGAUCAGUCUUCACACCUGGAUCUCAUAUUUAUUACAGCAUUAAUACAAGAUACGGGACAAGGACGUCACUGUAACAGAUUAUGUCCUGUUUUUUCAUAAUAAAGCAGCUUGUUUUCCA